GUCCCAGUUGUAUCUUCCACUCACGCUUGUUGAGAGCGAAUAGCCUACAAGUGAUCAUAUUGAAUUGGAAGCAGUACAAGCUAUGAUGAAGGCUCUACUAUGUGUAAUCCUAGCAUUUCUCUUUGCAGUCUUAGGGGAGGGAAUGGCGACGCCUAACACAGCCACUGGAUCUUGUGAACAAAUCAACAUCCCUCUAUGCAAAGACCUGCCUUACACCCACACCCUCAUGCCAAAUUUGCUAGGACACAGGACUCAGGAAGAUGCUGGUCUGGAAGUGCAUCAGUUCUACCCCCUGGUGAAAAUUCAAUGCUCACAAGCAAUGAAGCCUUUCAUCUGCUCAGUGUAUGCCCCUGAGUGUGAGUCUGGGAGAGCCCGUGCACCUUGCAAGCGAACCUGCAUGGCAGCAAAACAGGGCUGCCAUCCACUCAUGACUAAGUUUGGCUCUGAGUGGCCUGAACAGCUCAACUGUGACAAAUUCAGUGAAGAGACUUGCAAGGAGAGUGAGACCAUUCAGAACAUCACCAUUUCAGAUAUCCCUCAUCUUCUGCAAGACAUUGCAGAUCAUGAUAAAGCUUUAAGUCCAACGACCUGGCGAAAGCUAUUUUUCUACAGUGAUAAAGAUGGAUCAGGCAAUCUAAAUAACAAAGAGUAUCAAGAAAUGAAGAGCUUUCUCACUAUUUUAAGACAACACUUCACUGAAAGCUGGCUGCCAGGACGUCAUCACCACAGAUCUUUUCGACGGAUUCUGGAGGAUCGUGGUGUGAAUUUAAGUUAUAAGACAACAGAGGAUCUGUGGAUUAUAUACAAGAUUGGCAAGGACGACUAUGAUGAAUUUGUAGUCAUUCUGACAAAACUAGAGAUCUUGAAAGGACGAUUCGAUGCUAAGGUCCUGUCCGGUUUACCUUGUGACUGCAAGAUAGCUGGGUUUACCUUUGAUGAGUUCAUCCUGAAUGCCGCCCUGUGAGAGCCUUCAUGUUUGCUGUGGAGAGGACAGCCCGUUUUGUGCAUACUGUAAAUUGGUUGCUCAUCGGAUUAAACAUUCAGAAUAAAGAGGACAGCAUGA